GUGUCUGCGCACGCUGAGCGGCGACCGUCUCCCGACCAGGCUUUGCGGUACUAAAUUUGAGCCUUGUAGGCCUCCGUAACCUCCGGGCUAGCCCACGUCCCGGUUUUCUCCUCGGUGUUUUCACGCUCACUCAGCUGGGCUCUGGCCCUCCACGUCAGGGACCUGGCUGUGACGAUGGCGGCUCAAAAGAUAAAUGAGGGGCUGGAACACCUCGCCAAAGCAGAGAAAUACCUAAAAACUGGUUUUUUAAAAUGGAAGCCAGACUAUGAUAGCGCCGCUUCUGAAUAUGGAAAAGCAGCUGUUGCUUUUAAAAAUGCCAAACAGUAUGAGCAAGCAAAAGAUGCCUGUCUGAGAGAAGCUGUUGCUCAUGAGAAUAAUAGGGCUCUUUUUCAUGCUGCCAAAGCUUAUGAGCAAGCUGGCAUGAUGUUGAAGGAGAUGCAGAAACUACCAGAGGCAGUUCAGCUGAUUGAGAAAGCCAGCACGAUGUAUCUGGAAAAUGGCACCCCAGACACAGCAGCCAUGGCUUUGGAGCGAGCCGGAAAGCUUAUAGAAAAUGUAGAUCCAGAAAAGGCUGUACAGUUGUAUCAACAAACAGCUAAUGUGUUUGAAAAUGAGGAACGCUUACGACAGGCAGUUGAGUUACUGGGAAAAGCCUCCAGACUGCUAGUACGAGGGCGCAGGUUUGAUGAGGCGGCACUCUCUAUUCAGAAAGAAAAAAAUAUUUAUAAGGAAAUAGAGAAUUACCCAACAUGUUAUAAGAAAACAAUUGCUCAAGUCUUAGUUCAUCUGCACAGAAAUGACUACGUGGCUGCAGAAAGGUGUGUCAGGGAGAGCUACAGCAUUCCGGGGUUCAAUGGGAGUGAAGACUGUGCUGCCCUAGAACAACUCCUUGAAGGGUACGACCAGCAAGAUCAAGAGCAAGUGUCAGACAUCUGCAACUCACCACUUUUCAAGUACAUGGACAAUGAUUAUGCCAAGCUGGGCCUGAGUUUGGUGGUACCAGGAGGGGGAAUCAAGAAGAAAUCAGCAGCAGCAGCACAGGCCAAGCCUGAAGGCACUGCCCCCGGCGCUGAGGAGGACGAGGAUGAAUACGCCGGCGGGCUGUGCUAGGGCCUGGCUUCGCUUUGCACGAGGGAAGGGAAGAAUCCCGACGCACCAUCUGUGGACUUAGAACUUGUCAGGGGGUCCCAGACUUCAUUGCAGUCUUGGUUUUGAAUGCUAAUAAAUACUCAUUUUUAGUUAUCAUUUCCCCAGAUCACCCUGUAUACCCACUACCUGUGGCACAUUUUUUUUCUUACCAUGGUGAGAGCUUUUCUAAGACACCAGCAGAAAUUAACACAAAAAUGUACUGUCAUGUUUUAAUGCAGUUGAUUUUCAAAAUUACAAGCCAAAUUCUAGAUAAAUUCCAUUCUAAACAAAAGGGACAAUAGGCAUAAAUAUUUUUUUCUCUCGGGCUCUUAUAAUUUAUUGUUAGAGAAUUUUCUUUGCAUUUUAUUUAACAGUUGCUGCUAAAAGUGAAGUUUACUGGUUAAACAAAAUGGUAUUUAAACAUUUGUUUCAUUUUCUUUUAAAAGGAAAUUUAUCCCCUUCUAGGUACAUUUAAAUUAUUAAGUCUUUUCAGAGAUAAGGUUGGUAGAAGAAGCUGUUUUGAGCCUUAAAAUAUCAAUGCAUCUCAAGAAAAGAUGCAUUUGAAGACUUAUAUGUAAGUUUGAAAGUUGAAGGUAGUAUGUUAAAGUGAUUCUGUAAAUUUCAUCAGUUCUUUCUGAAAUAGGAGGUUUUUUCCCACCUAAAAAACCCACAGUGGCUAUCUCCACACCCACUUGGCUCUUGACUAAGUGAGAACUGAGGACCUUUUUUUAUGCAUUCUAACAAAGAGGUAAUGUUUCCAUCAAAUGUGUGUAUGUAUACAUUUCUUCCCUCUUAAAAUAAUUCUGGUUCAUUUAGAGUUGUAACAGGACAGUAAUUUAAUGUGAGAAAUGCUGUAUAUGACAAAAAUUUAGCAGAAAGGGUAAAAUUGUUUUUGAGUUACUGUACUUAUAUUUUAAGUACUGUGCUGCCAGUAUUUUAUACUGGUAUUUCCAAAAUGUUAUUUUUGAAGUUUUCCCUUUUCACUCUGUAUGGCUUAGGCCCAUCUCCCAGUCUGUUAGUCAGAAAGGGGCUCCAAACAUCAGCAGUGGUUUCCUGUGAAUUCGCUGUCUGUCUCUCCAGAGGGUCCUACCUGAUGUGAGUGCAGUGGGCUUAUUUUUGCUGGACUUGCUACAACACUUGUGCAGAUCACUACAGGCAGCUUUAGUCACAGUUGGUUCCCUGGGAGAACAUAGGCAGAACAUCCUUGUUUGGGUGGAUGGGUGGGUAGAAAUCUUUACUGAAGGUCUGAUUCAAAACACUAACAUUUUGAUUCCUCAAGUAGUUGCAUAGCAGCUCAUUUUCAGUAAUUUGUAUGGAGAUCAACUUUGAACAGCUUCAGUAAAGCUGUGUUUAGGCAUUUGUAUUGUAUGACGCAUUAGUAUUUCAGAGAUCUCGUCAUUGCUGCUCUACCCUUCAGAUCCGGUCAGAAACUUCAGGGGUCUUAUAUUAAUGCCCAUUUAAAUAAUUUGUUUAAACAGAUUUGGCACACUUAAAAGAUAUUUUAGACAAUUUGUUCAUGACCAUAUCUGAUUCAGCCGUGGAGCAAUGUUUUACUUUUGCUCUUUUCUUACGUACUAAACAAAAAUGAGGAAUGAGUCAAGUGCACUCCAGCAGCAGUGCACCUGAACCUCCUCACAAGAGGUUUCACACAAGCCCGACCUCUUCGCACCCCUGCCCAUGUGUAAAAGCUAAAAGGCAGGACUGUUGGCAUUUGAAUCAGCCUUGUUCUGUGUGGUGUCUAGUUCAGAGCAUUUAUCCCCCUUAUUUUUCCACUGACAUCAGUCUUUAUCCUUAGAGGUUAGUCAGCCAUGGAAAACUUGGUGUUUACAACAGGAAAAAUUGUUUUCCAGAACUCAAAUCAUCACUUGUACCAAAGUGAAAGUCUGCAUGAAUAUGCUCAGCAUCUAAUAGUCAAUAUAAUCAGUAAAGUCAGUCUACAGAAUAUAUUUAAUAUAUUGAAUUAAUUUGUACAUUGCAGAGUAUGGUAUUUGUGUAUGCAAUCUGUGCUUUAUUCCUAUUUUUUUCUAGCUCUUUGAUGAGUAGAAUAUUAAAUGUAUUGUUAUAGAAAUGCAGAUUAUUGCUUCUAUAGGAAGAUAAUUAUGAAAAUAAAAUCCGAAAUAUAAGUAUGAUUAUUUUUAUUAUUAGUUGUUUUGCUUGUUUCUUUACUUUUUUCCAAGGAUAUCCUCUCAGUUACCUACAGGAUUCUAGGUAUGUACAAGAACAGUAUUUGGUCUGUUCCCUUAAGUUACAUGUCAUGCCCUUUGGAAUCAGUUAAGUACCUUUGAGAGUUGCUUUAAACUGAGCUUUUUAAAAAUACUUACUAGUCAUCCAGUUAGUAUAAUAGUGUAUCAUCUGCUACUUGGUGGAAUAAAAGACUUUAAUAUAUCUUUCAACAGAAUAAUUGCUUUCAUUCAGUUAAAUGAGGUAAAAAUAUGUGAUUAAGAAGCUAAGGAAACUAAUGUGAAAUGGCAAUGUUUUACAAAAAAGUCUGCACAGCACCUUAAUUUCCAGCAGAUUUUACUUGGACUUAAUCAGACAUUUAUCGACCUUGUACUAUGUGGUAUUGUCUAUGUCUUUCAUGGAAGGGAAAUCAAUUAUAUGAUUUGAUAUCUGGACUUAGUAGAAGUUGGAAUAAGAGAAAGAAGUAAUGCAGUAGAAGGAGUGGCUCUUGGACAUAAUGCAAUUUUGCAUUUCUUGCAGGACGCCUUGGAGUGUUCUGAGUGUCUUGUGUUGUCACCCUGGCACUCAUAGUAUUAAGAUGAGACAACUAGGAAGGAAAAACAAAAUCCAUCCCCUCUUCUCCCGCAGUUGUUUUCAUAGGCUAGUACCAAUAAAUGACUCAGUAUUGACUUUAAUUUGAUGUUAAAUUUAAGGACAUUGAAAAUGUCUUGAAAGAAAAAAGAACGUCAAUAUUGUAAAAGGAGAGAGCAAACGUCUUUCAUUUGAAUCUUUUUUUUAAUGGCCAAGAGACCUUUGUGCAUAGAAGGGUCUGACAUGGCUUUUAGUUAACAUUCAAGGACAUUGAAUAAAAUUCCCCUAAUCAUUAUCCCCACUGAUCACCUUAGAGUUUAAGGCUGAAACAUUUUAAAUUACAUCUAUGAAAUUUUCAUACUUGCUUUUCCCAAUGCUCUCAAGAGACCUAAUUAGGUCAGUCUUAAAACAACUUUCAAAAUCUUUGUAAGCACUUAACUUGUAAAGCAUAUAAGUCCAACUAUUAUACACAUAGUAAAUGUUAUACAUUAUAAAAAAUAUACAUAAAAGAAAUUGAAUUUCCAAAUGUCUCAAUACUGUUGGUGAACUUCAAUUCUCAAAUUAACCACAAUUAAAUAUUUAAGAUCAAACUCAAAAGGUUAAUAUGUCAGAUUCAUUUAAAUGUUUCAAGAACCUUAAGUAUAAACACAGAUUACCACAAUGAUUAUAAAACUCAGUCCUAACCUAACAGGAAAGAACUAGCAUCAUGGGGUUGACGUUUAUCAAUGUGAAAUGGACUUCUACACCUACCCUGGGGCGCCAGCUUCCAGACAAGACUGUGAUCGCAGCUGGCUUGCUGUGGAUCUCCGACAAGCCAGUUUCCUCACUCAACAGCAUGAGCAUAAUAACAUCUACUCCAGUGGUGGUUUUGAGGAUUGAAUGAAUUCCUAGGUGUAAAGCACUUAAAAGAGUAACUGACAAAUGGUAAGUACUCAGUAAAUACUAGGAUAAUGAAUGAGAUCAUGAACUUUGUGAAAGGAAAGGUCAGUUUAAUAAUUCCAGUUUUGACAGCCAAAUUUCCUCCGCAGCUUAGGCAUUUCAGACUACAACGAAAGUCAUUUUGUCUUGAGACCUCAUUUUAUUUUCAUCAUGGCCUAAUAACGGCUGAGAACAUGUCUUCGUUAGAAACUUCCUGUCUUUGUGCCUGUGGGCACCUCCUAGUUAAGCAUCUGUGCCUCUGGUGAGCAACAGCGCUCAGGAUUUGCUGAUCUAGGCCACUGCCUAUCCUCCCUUACCAGAUUGUCUGGAGCCUCUCUCCAACAUGAUCCGUUGGAGACUAACAUCUGCCUGCUUUUAAAGCAGGACCACUGGCUCUGAACCUGUGGGGUGUAGCAGAUUGACAGCCCAACUUCUCCCUCCUUUUGGAAGCUGCACCGCCUCCCAACCCUGUGGUGGGCCCCCAGUAGUCAUGUUUAAACAGUGUGUCCCACCCUUUCAGCCACCAUUGUUUGGUCCCCAGAUGGCUUCUUACUCAAGCUGAGUAAGUCAGGGUUCCUUCCCAAACAGUGUGGAUUUGCUCUCACUAUCCAGAUUGUGCUCUCUCUCUCUCUCCUAUUUUACUUUACUUUCUAGCACUUCUCAGUACUUGAAAUUAUGCUAUAUAUUUAUGGGUUUAUUGUCUGCAAAUGUGAGUAAAAUGUGAGUAAAACUCCAUUAAAUUAAAUGUGAGUAAAACUCCAUUAAAUUAAAAUGUGACCUCCAUGAGAGGGCCUUCUCUUCCUUCCCAGUGUAUCUUCCAGAAAGUGCUUGGCACAUAGCAGACAUUGAAUAAAUAUUAAUAAAUACAUGAACAGAAGCCCUCAACAAAUGUUAUCCUGUUUGUUUUUAUUGGAAUUGGCUCAUCUCUGGUCAUGCUUUUCAUCACUCUUAAUUUCUAUUAAUAUUUAUCCAAUACUUUUGAAACCAAAUAAAUGUAACAUUGCUAGUUCAUGAAAAAUGUUCUUUAACUUAAGGGAUUCCCAGCUUCCCCCUGCCCUCCAUGCCCAAUUUAGAGGGACUGAAUACACUUUAUGAGAUAAUUACGCAAUGCACAUUUAGGAUUUAAAGAUGUGUUCUGAGAAAUAUGCAAGCACAUGGAAAUGCAUUCAGCUCCCUGCCUCCCUGGGCCCAGCAAGGGUGCCUCGGGUGGUUCUUGUGUUUCACAUUCUCCAAAUACAAGAUGCAGUUUGACUGUGAUUUCACAGGGGUGAUACAUCAGGGAGGGUGAUUAAGAGAGAAAAAGAAUUUGAGACAAAAUUGGUUUGAACUGCCCUGUGGAAAACUGAACUUAUAUACAGACACCUUGCCUGUCCUCUUCACUUAAAGCCCUUUGGAAGCCUUUGGAGAAUCUGGGCUUCCCGGUUCAGUAAGUGGAACAAUCUAUAGCUUACAUUCUUUGCACUGAAGACCGUGACAGUGAGAAUAGUCAAUACUGCAAUAGCUUAUUGCACAGACAGCUUGUGGAAUUUCCCUUUCAAGAGAUUUCUGUUCAUAAGUAAACUAGCGUUUCCCCUUGUCAGUGUGGUUAGGCUUGCUCCUGCUGCCAAGAGCUCCUUUCAGUGGCAGUUGUAGCAAAUGCCACUUGGGAUUUGGUGGAAUAUGACUUUAAUUAAGGAUGCUUUACAGAUGUCACUGGGCAGAGUGACACCCUCACAAAACUGUGAGGAUGAGUAUUUUUAACCUCAGUGCUAAUAUCAAGCAUAACAGGUGAACUCACAAUUGAACAGUGAUGUUUGGAACAUUGUGGAAGCAGCUACAUACUUUGGUAUAUUCCUAGACUUUGGAGGUGGUUAUAUAGCUGAGUUGGGUCUAUCUUUUUUUUCUAAAAUGUUGCAUGUCAUUCACUACCACAGUUUAGACUCAGUAUUGCAUAUCAGCAGACAUUUCAAGAAAAUAAAUACUAUAUGACAAAGGUCUUAAAAAUGGAGCAAGAAAUGAGCUGACUAAAAUAAGCAUUAGCCAUUUUAAAUUUAAGCUUAUUAGAAAAGUUUAUCAUCCUGAUGAACUAUUUAAUUCAUAUCCAGCCACUCUUUUGUCUAUACCAUUCUUGACUUCAUAGGAAUUCAUGUUACCAAUGUAUAAUUUAUGGGCUUUCUGAGUAGAUUACACUGUAUUAUUUAUUCAAUUGUUUGAGCAAACAAUGUGCCAGACAAUUGCCAGAAGCUAGGGGUAUAGCUGUCAACAAGUAAGAUCUUCAUAUAGUUACAUUCUACUUAGAACAGGUUGUAACAAAAAUAUUAAUGAAACAUAAGUUUUGAGUGUACUAAUUGAUGUGAAAGAAAUUGUUGCGUGCUGCACUUUUUCUUUGGGUGACAUGAGAGAACAAAAAACACAGACAACACAGACAGACAAUGGCUGCAGCCCCGAUGUGGCGCAGCACCUUUAUUUUUAUACUGCCUUUCUCGGACCUCAGCCAACUGCUAUACUCAUCUUUCCCUUCUCAGGGGGGGCAGGCCAGAGCACCUUGUUGAUUUUCUUAGAAACUGUCUAGUAAGCAGGGGCGGUGUUUUCACACGUCCUCAAGUUCUCUCUAUUUUCAGAGUGAGGCGUCUUGGCUCGUCUUCGAGGACAGGAUCUGUUUUUGUGGGCAGAUAACUUCCAAGGACGGCACCGGUUGUUCUCAAGCUGGUGCUUUCCCAUGCUGCAUUCAGCCACGGGGGAAGGUGCUUUCCCAUUCUGCCUACAAACAUGUGAGAAGACAAAGGCCGUCCCCUACAGAAAUAAAAAAGUCUGUGCCAUAAAGAUGAGUUGGGUUUAUCCUCAACAGCUUGCUCAGUCUCAGAAUGAUCUCCUCUUUAUAUCCUCCACUGUCCCACCUCUGCCUUUACAGAAGCUGCUCAGCUCCAGGUUCGUCCUCAUGGCAGAUGUGUGCAUGUUGGAUGAGCCCCCUCAGAAGCCAGACGAUGCUGUCAUCCUACAGACAUGUUUAAGAAGGGUAUCCAGACUUCUACUUUCAGAGCUGAACAUUGGCUUGCAUAAUUUAAUGCUAUAAUCCUAACCAAUUCUCUUGGUAUAAACAGUGAGUUCAUGUAUCUGAGUUACUAGAGAAGAGUGUAGAAGGCACAAGAGGAGGAAAUGAACAGCACAGAAGUGUUAGUGUUUCAUCAAGACCCAACUGCCAUUGACACAGUACACUUCUUACACCAUCCAUCCUUACUCAUCUGUGUAAGCGUGGGUUGAGACAUUGCCAUGUGGCUGCACAGUGUGGUGAGCUGUGUGGCCUUGGCAGAAGGCACUCACUGUCUAGCAGACUCUGGACCUGCUCAUUUCCUGCAUCCUCUCUCAUCCGCUGUGUGCCUGUGGGACAGCUGCAGAAGAGGCAGAAGAAUUCACGGGCACAGAUUGCCCUGAUGGUCACUGCAAAUUCAAGUGAGGAUGGGGCAGGACGUUCAGAGUUACUUGAUGUAGGGGAAGUCAGACUGAGCCGGGCACCUGGAGGAAGCUGUGUAUCAUCUGAGCUGCAGAGCAUCCUGGUCCAGGAUGUGAACAGACACCCUUCCCCAAGUGACCUAGGACUUUAGGCCUGCCAAGAAUGUCCUCACAGCUGCUAGAGAUCCCAUCCCAGUCCUGACUCAUACCCAACCCCAGCCAGCAGUGAGUCUGGGGUGUGGAGGUGCUUCCCAGCCAGGGCAGGCUGCAUGAUUUUCAGGGCCCGGUGCAAAAUGAAAAUGCUGAGCCCUUUUGUUUUAAAAAUCAGAAAAAAAAGGCUUGUUCCUCUGC